CAUUUAACAAUUUUGACGCCAGCUGGCUUCCUUCUCGAUAUAAUAAUAAUAAGUUUAAUAAAACUGCGUUUGUGAAACAAUAAAAAUUUAUGUGCAUUAGAUCUUAAUUAUGUGGGUGAUAAUUUUCGUAGCAAAGUGAUUGUGUUGCGACAUGAAAGCGAAAAUGAGUUUCUUUGCGGACACUACAUUGUCGUUUCUCGCACUCGCUAACUGGUCUGUGGACGAGGGGUGCAUGCUCUGGAAUACUUCACAAAGUGUAAUAAUAACGCCAGUUUACAAUGGAAUACCUCAAACUUUGAUACUCAAUUUGAUAUCAUGGGCUUUCUUGAUACUCUUGUUUUGUGUUCUUCGACGGACGGCAUGGAAUUAUGAGAGAAUGGCCUUGGUACAACGAUCGAAGAGCAGAUGGACGAAUUUGUUCUAUCGUAGCGGAGAUAACGAAGAACUCGUCAACCGGACGCGGAGCGCAGAAGAACCGCCCAACAUCGACGAAGGAUUUUUCACUUGGUUGCCUGCCGUAUUCAGGCUUUCGCGGGAGCAGAUUCUUGUCAAAUGUGGCCCUGAUGCAGUACACUACUUGUCUUUCCAAAGGAAGACUGGGAAGCGCAUUAUGGUACCGCCAAAAUGGUGUGGGCCCGAAGUGGACGCCUUGGAAUUUUACACCAACGAACAGAAGAGACUGAAGGAUGAAGCUAAAAGAAUACGGGCAAUUGUACUCAACGAUCCUCUAGGUAUUGCUUUUUUAACUUUACCAUCUUACCAACUUCCCGAACAUGUCAUUAAUAGCUUUAGUUUGCAUCGUGGCUGGGUUCUGACCCACGCCACAAACCCGGCAGACAUCAUCUGGGAGAAUCUUAACGUUCAGCCAGGUGUAUGGUACAUAAAGGCAUUCUUUGUAAAUUUCUUUCUGUUCAUUGUCUUAUUCUUCCUUACAACUCCAGCCGUUAUUGUGAAUCUCUUUAAUACUUUGGUUGCGAAGCCUGAACAUAUGACUAAAGUGAGUACUGUCAUAUUUGAUUUUCUUCCAACUUGCUGCUGUGGACAAUGGCAGCUGUGAUGCCGGCCAUCGUGGCUUUCUCUGACAAAUUCCUUUCACAUUGGACCAAGUCACAUCAAAACUAUUCAAUAAUGACAAAAACCGUCUCAUUCCUUCUGUUGUAACUCUGAUUUUACCAUCGCUAGGACUAGCCAGUGCCGAUUCAUUCGUACGAUGGACUUGGCAUCACGAAAAU